GAUUGGUCGGCCACCAGCUGCACUGCCGUCCCCCCUGCCAUUCUCUACUCUGAUGCGCGUGCGACUGUUGAAGCGAGGGAGAUGGCAUCACUAGCAGGAGGCCAGGAUGCAAUCAUUGCAGCCACUGGGAUGAGACAAGGCCCCACCAGCGUGCUGGCAAAGCUGCUGUGGCUGCAGCGGCACCGACCACAUGCGCUGAAGCAAGCUUCCUCACUGCUCCUUGGCGCCCAUGCCUACGUGUGCAGCCACCUGAUUGGUCGGCCCGCCCGGAUUGUGGAUCGCACCACCCUCUCCACCACAGGCCUUGCCACGUGUCCAUCCACCACUGGCAUCUCAUACGCUGCUGACCUGCUUCACUCGCUCGGCCUCUCCCAUUGGCUGCCUCUUCUCCCCGAGAUCUUGCCGCCCACCCACCCAUGCGGCACCUUAUCUGUUGAAGCAGCAGAGCGAAUGGGAGCGCGCCACCUGGCGGGCAUCCCUGUAUUUCACUCGUGUGGAGACCUGGGAGCCUCUGCAGUGGGGUGUGGAGCAGGCCUGCCCGGCACGGAGUACAUCUAUCUCGGCACCUCGGGGUGGGUUGCUGGGUCCUUUUCCCUGCAACCACUUUUCCAACCAUCCGACCAGUCACCCAACAAGUCACCGCUAGCAUCAGUGGUGCAACCGCCUUCGUGGUCUCAGGGCGUGUUCACUCUCGCUCACCCUGACCCUUCUUUGGUCUUCAGAACAGCGCCGAUAAUGACCGCAGGGGGCAAUGUCAAGUGGGCUCUCAGCAACCUCCUCAGCGGCAGCAGCAGCGGCAGCACUGACGUCGCAGAGUCUGCCUUUCGCAAUGCUGACGUGGCAGCAGCAUCCGUGCCAGCUGGCAGUGGUGGCCUCCUUUACCUUCCGUUCCUAAAUGGCGAGCGGUGUCCAUUUGAGGACCCCAACAUGCGGGCGGCAUUCAUCGGCAUAUCUGCCUCUACCACUCAUUCACAGAUGAUACGUGCAGUCCAAGAGGGAGUGGCAUAUGCACUGCUCUCCGCCCACGCCGCCAUGCACGCACACGAUGGUGGCAGCGGAAGCAGCAACCCCUCUGCUCUGCGCAUUGUUGGUGGUGGCGCUCGCUCGUCUACUUGGGUCCGCAUCAUGGCAUCCGUGUUCAACCGGCCAAUCGACUGCCUCGCUGAUUCUCAGGUGGAGUUAUCUCAUUCCAGUAAACUGGCGCCAUGUGGAAGUUGGGGUGAAAGGUGCCGCCAUUCUCGCUGCUCAAGGUCUGGGCUGGUUCUCUACCUUGGCUCCUUUACACGGUAA